AGGCUGUCUUGUUGCCACAUUUUUGCGAGGUUGCCAAGUUUAUUUUUAAUUGUGUGAAUUUUGAUUGGCUAGUGGUGUGCGUGUGUGUGUAGUCUGUGUGCGAGAGUGUUAGUGUUGCCAUCGGCCGUUACUUUUUGAACGGCGGUGGCCAGUGUCUGAUUGCGUCUGGAUCCAUGUGCGGCGAGUUCCUCUCCGUACACGGGUACAGUCUGUAGGUUUGAUCGGACAAGGGUGUGAGUGAGGUAUCCUCUGAGGGAAUGGAGAAGAAUAAGGAAGGGGGGGGAUCCGGUAAGGGGCCGAAGGAGGUCCUACUGGAGGACAGUGACACGGAAGGGUCUGACAGGUCAGCGAUGGACACAGGGAACAUCUCGAGUGUUGAAGCGAUGGUAGGAGGUAUCAGAACGAGUGAGACCAGGUCGGUAGGGGAUGAAGAAGUGUUCUACACCCCUCAACCCCAAAGGAAGAGAUCGAGGUCCUUCUCCGGUAGUCCCGGGGAGGGGCCUGGGAAGUUGACCCCCAUAGACCCCAUGAGCGAAUUGAAAAUGGAGACUCAGGGUAUGAUAACGACGGUAGCCAGAAAGGAGAUCAAAAAGAUAAGAGACGAGAUUGCUUCAAAGGAGGUGGAGUUCCAAAAGUGGUCCCAAGUGGCGAAAAUGUCAACGAAGGCGGUUGCGUAUGUGAGAACAAGAAUGGUGGAAAAUAAGAGAAUGGUAGAGAGACUGCUGUGGUUAAUGGACACAGAGGUGAGGGCCAUAAUGGCAAGGAACAGAUAUGCGUUGCAAGAGGCUAUGGCAGUGAAGUCGGAGGUGCAAGAGAAAAUGACGGUCGAGCUCGGUAAAAUGAAAGAGUAUAUAGACAAGUGUGAAAGUGAGAGGGACGGAAAGCAGGAAAAGUUCAUGGCUGAGAUUAGAAACUUGGUGGAGUUACAGAAUAAAGGGGUAACGAAAGUCGAAGACGUAACCAAGCAGGAAGCCGCUAGGAUAAUCAAGUUUAGUGAAGAGCACACCAAGAUAGUCGGAAACGGAUUAGCGAAGGUGCUGAACGUUAGCCAGAGGUCUGUAGAUAAGAUACAGAAUGUGGACGACAGGGCGAAGGCCAUCCACCAAGAUGUGAAGGAGGUGAAAAGUAGUGUGAUUGACAUGGAAAAUUCGGUGAAACAGGUUAGUGGAGAGGCAAUUAAGGAUAGCAUGAAGGAAGUGAGUAUAGUGGUUAGCGAAGUGAACAAGAUGAUGAAAGGAGAUGAAUGGGCUAAGGGAAUGAAAGAGGUCAACGAGACUCUGAAGGUGGUGAAAGACAGUAUGGAAGGAGGAGAGUGGACGAGUGUGGGUGGUAAGGAGAAGAAGAAGAAAAAGUGCACCCUGCCUGAGACGUAUGCGGAGAGAGUUAGGAGCAUGCAGGAUGAUACAAAGGUUAAAGUGGCUAUUAGAAAGGAAGGAGAGACAGUAGACAGCAUGUCUAAGCUGCUGAAAGAAAAGGUUAACCCGAAAGAUCUUGGACUUAAUGUGGAGAGUAUUAGAGGAAUAAAGAAUGGAAUCAUCGUUGAAGUUAACAGCAAGGACGAGGGCAAGGUAUUGGAGUUAGUGAAGAGCAGUGUUGGAGGAAACGUAGAAGUUAAAGGUGUUAAAGGGAUAGAUCCCCUAGUCAGAGUGGUUGGAGUGGACGAGGAUGAGAAGGAUGAGUGUAUAUGCGAAGAAAUCUGGGCAAGGAAUUUCGUAAGCUUGUGUAAAAAGGAAGAGUGGAUGCAGAGUGUGAAGGUCGUACGUAGUAUGAAAUUGAGAAAUGCCAGAGAGAAAACAGUCUUGCUCAGGGUCAGCAGCAGAGUGAGAGGAGAUAUGAUCGAGAGAGAGAACGUGUACGUAGGCUGGCGGCGGUGCAUUGUCAAAGACUAUGUGGAGGUAUACAUGUGUUUUAAGUGUUGUGGCUAUGGACACAGCGGCAAGGAGUGUAAGAGGGAUGCAGUUUGCCACAAGUGUGGCGAAAAGGGGCACCUGAGAAAGGAUUGCAAAAGCGAAGGCACGAGAUGUCCUAAUUGUAUUAGAGCGAAGUUGCCAGCUGAACAUGCGGUGAACUCAAAGGGGUGCCCCAUCUUCGAGAAGGAAAUGGUGUACCAGGUGAAGAAGACGGAAUGGUCCACGAAUAAAGUAUGAAAGUAGUGCAAGUGAAUGUGAGAAAGGGAGAGGAAGCGAUGAAUGAGCUGAGAAUGUGGUGUGUGAGGAAUAG